AUGCGGUACGAAGAUUGGGACGUUCUCCUUUUCGAACAAGAGUCCGGAGUUCCGUUUCGAGAAUUCAACGUGGCUUGCCAUGUCAUACAACAUGAGGAGUCCAUGAGCCCACACGCUUCUGCUCUUCCAACCGUUACAUGCUUUGUCCCCAGUCUCAAGGCUGGCACACCCUUUCGGAUUUCCAUCCACUCAUGGAAACCGAUUGUUCGCCAGCUUAUUGAAGACGGCGAAUGCCCAGUCUUUGAGUUCAAGCUCUUCAUCGAUGGGGACCUUGUUGCAUCCAUUUCCAAACCCAACUCCAUCCAGGAGCCCAUUAAAUUACCCUACAUUAUCGAAAAUGGUCUACAUGAACAAACUCUCAAGUUUCCGCUCUUUCAGCAGGAACUUCUGUCCCAGCGCCACUGGAGUCCGGCAGAUAAUCUCGGUCGUUUCAAGCUUAUCAUUAGCGAAGGUGUCUCCCAUGCCUCGACCGGUAACAAGCAUGUCGAAAAACUGAAGAAUCUUGUAGUAUUUUCCUUUCAACAUGCGCCCCAAGAGAUUCUCGAACGCCUGAAGAUUGCAUGGCCCAACCCAGCCAUGUGGCAGCGCCAGCAGACAUCUAUCACCACACCGCAAGCCAAUAGCAACUUUGACAUCAACGACCAGGUAGCCAUGCUCCAGUCACCCUUUACGUUUCAAGACCAUGUCACUUCAGAACAUGAGAAUACAUACCUUGGAAGUACAGGGUUCUCCGCAGGUCUGAACUCUCAGCCCGAAGUACUCAAUGUUCAAAUGUCGUCCUGGACUAACAUAAUUCCUCCACAAACUGAAGACUUUUCGUCACAUAUGUCAACACCACAGGUGCAAGUCUUCAAAGAGAACUCUGACCAAGUCCCAGCAUGGCCAGUUUCUCCCAGGCUCGCUGACAUGUUAUUUGGAUUGGACCCUUCGACGCAGCAAACGUUCUUGCAGCAGCUGUACACUCCAUCUAACGGCAGUGUCCCUAUGCCUUUUGUCCAACCUCAAGCACAGAGGCGGACAGUUCAUCGAUCGACCGAACUCGGCCGAAGUCCUGGGGAUAAUCCUGCAAGGCUUCUUUUCAGUGUGCCGGCUCAGGCGAGCUCACAGGAGUCUUUCAAUUCAGAUACUGUUGAGAGGGUAGCAAAACGGCUACGUCCUAAUACCCCAGCACCUGCAGAAACUCUCAAGGGAGAUCAAGAGCAUAAAGAACCAGAUGCUCAACUGGACUACCGCCGUUUCGAAUUGCUAAGUAUGCCGGGGGAUAUCUGA